AGCGGAGCGGGCGGCGGGGGGGGGAGACAGGAGCCGCCCCCGGCCGGCCGGCCGGGCGCGGGGAGCGAGGAGCGAGGCGAGAGCCGGGCCGGGGGCGGCAUGCGGGCGGGCGAGUGCUGAGACGGGCGCCGCUGCCGGGAGGGCGGGCGCCGGGCGCGCCAUGCGGUGGCUGGCGGGGCUGCUGUGUCCGCUCUGCCUGCUCCUCGCCGGGUGCCGGCCGCUGCGCCUGCACCCCGCACAAGAGGCGCUGGUGCGGCAGCUGCCGUCCUACGAGAUCGUGGCGCCCGUGCGGGUGGACGAGCGCGGCGCGCCGCUGCCCCGCGCGCAGCCCUUCCGCAGGAGGAGGAGGAGUGCGGAGCCGCCGCCGGGCCCCGCCGCCCGCUACCACUUCCAGCUGGCCGCUUACGGACAGCUCUUCCGCCUCAACCUCAGCGCCGACGCGGGCUUCCUGGCGCCCGGCUUCGCCGUGCUGCACCGCGGCCGCCCCCCGCCCGCGCCGCCGCCGCCGCCGCCCGACCUGCGCCACUGCUUCUACCGCGGCACCGUCAACGCGCGGGACGCGCACGCCGCCGUGCUCAGCCUCUGCGGCGGCCUGAUGGGCACCUUUAAAGCACAUGAUGGUGAAUAUUUUUUAGAACCUCUGAUGAAAACAGAUGGAAGUGAACAUGAAGAUGAACAUAACAAACCACAUCUUAUAUACAGAAAUGAAGAAUUUAAAAAAGAUGUUUAUCAGAAAUUCCAUGAACCUUGUGAAGUUUCAGACAGACAGAUGGAGAAAAGUGCUUUACCAUUUCCAAACUAUAGCAGUUUAAAUGAAGAUUUAAAUGUUUUACAAAAGGCUCCAGUUUUAGAAUACACCUUUAAAAACCUUUCUAUAGAGCAUGGUAGAAGCAAUCCACAUUCCCGGAAAAAGCGUUUUCUUUCCUAUCCAAGAUAUGUAGAAGUGAUGGUUACAGCUGAUACCAAAAUGGUUCGCCACCACGGACAGAACUUACAGCAUUAUAUAUUAACACUUAUGUCAAUUGUUGCAGCAAUCUAUAAGGACUCAAGUAUUGGCAACCUCAUAAAUAUAAUUAUUGUAAAGUUAAUUGUAAUUCACAAUGAACAGGAAGGGCCAGCUAUCAGUUUUAAUGCUGCUACCACUCUUCGCAACUUUUGUUUAUGGCAGCAAACGCAGAAUGUUCUGGAUGAUACUCACCCGUCUCAUCAUGAUACUGCUGUCCUUAUCACUAGGGAAGAUAUCUGCAGAGCUAGAGAGAAGUGUGAUACUCUAGGUUUAGCAGAACUAGGUACAAUGUGUGAUCCACUGCGCAGCUGUUCUAUAAGUGAAGAAAAUGGAUUGAGUGCUGCAUUUACUAUAGCACAUGAACUUGGACACGUAUUUAAUGUGCCCCAUGAUGAUAGUUUUAAAUGUAAAGAAGCUGGAAUUAAACAUCAGUACCAUGUAAUGGCUCCAACAUUAAAUUACCACACAAGUCCAUGGACCUGGUCAAAAUGCAGUCAAAAAUAUAUCACCGAGUUUCUUGACACUGGUUAUGGAGAAUGCCUUCUUGACAAACCAAGUGGAAGAAUAUAUGAUCUUUCAUCUCAGCUGCCUGGGUCAAUGUAUGAUGUCAAUAAGCAGUGUGAACUUAUGUUUGGUCCUGGGUCACAAGUAUGCCCCUAUCUGAAGCAAUGCAAACGCUUAUGGUGUACAAGUGUUGAAGGAGUUCAUAAGGGCUGUCGUACUCAGCAUAUGCCAUUGGCUGAUGGAACCAACUGUGGUCCUGGAAUGCACUGUCGCCAUGGGAUCUGUGUAAACAAAGAAAUGGAAAUACGUCCUGUAGAUGGAGAAUGGGGACCAUGGGGACCUUAUAGUUCAUGUUCAAGAACCUGUGGAGGUGGAAUCAAAAGCACAACUAGAUUGUGUAAUCAACCAGAGCCAAAAAAUGGAGGGAAAUAUUGUGUGGGGCGCAGGAUGAAAUUUCGAUCAUGUAAUACUGAUUCUUGUCCAAGAGGAAAAAAUGGUUUUCGAGAGCAGCAAUGUUCUGACUUUGAUGGAAAACAUUUCAACAUCAAUGGUCUUACAUCAGCUGUGCGCUGGCUUCCAAAGUAUAGUGGCAUUUCUAUGAAAGAUCGCUGUAAACUCUAUUGCCGAGUUUCUGGAACGACUUCUUACUAUCAGCUGAAGGAUAGAGUUAUUGAUGGUACUCCCUGUGGGACUGAAACCAAUGAUAUAUGUGUUCAAGGUUUAUGCAGGCAAGCUGGCUGUGAUCAUGUUUUGAAUUCUAAGGCAGAGAGAGAUAAAUGUGGAAUUUGCGGUGGAGAUAACUCUUCAUGUAAGACUCUUGCAGGCACCUUCAACAGGGCUCAUUAUGGUUAUAAUGUGGUAGUAAAGAUUCCCAAGGGAGCAACGAACAUUGAUAUACGUCAGCACAGUUAUUCAGGAAAACCAGAAGAUGACAACUAUCUUGCAUUAUCUGAUAUUCAUGGGAAUUUUAUCCUAAAUGGAAAUUUUGUUGUAAGCCUGUCUAAAAAGGAAAUCAUUAUACAGGGAGCCAUACUUGAUUACAGUGGUUCAAACAGUACUGUAGAACGAAUUAACAGCACUGACCGCCUAGAAGAAGAGUUAAUUUUACAGGUUUUAUGUGUAGGAAAUUUAUACAGUCCUGAUGUGCAUUAUUCAUUCAGUAUCCCUGUAGAAGAGAGAAGUGAUCUAUUUACAUGGGAUCCAUACGGCCCCUGGCAAGACUGCAGCAAAAUGUGCCAAGGACUUCGCAAGAGAAAAGUAAUAUGUAUACAUAAAAGUGAACGACUGGUAGUGUCUGACCAAAGAUGUGAACAUAAACCUGCUCCACCACCAGUCACUGAAAAGUGUAAUACAGAAUGUGAACUAAGGUGGCAUGAUAUUGGCAAGAGUGAUUGUACAUCACACUGUGGUCCAGGAUAUCGCACUUUAGAUGUCCACUGUAUGAAAUACUCUGUUUCUAAAGGUCUUAGUGUUCCUGUCGAUGAUAAAUAUUGUGCUGACCAGCAGAAACCACCAGUCAGAGAACCCUGUCAUGGUGACUGUCUGUUAACAAGUUGGCACUACACAGAAUGGUCUGAGUGUUCCAAGAGCUGUGAGAGAGGUGUCAGAACCAGAGAUGCUUUUUGUAUGAACAACUUUGGUCAUCAUCUUGCUGAUAGAGAAUGCCAUGAGCUUCCAAGAAUUGUAACACAGAGCUGCAAUGAGUUCUUAUGCCCAAAUUGGGCUACUAAUGACUGGAGUGAGUGUCCUGUAACAUGUGGGAAGGGAAUGAGGCAUCGGCAGGUGUGGUGCCAAAUAAAAGAUGAAAAACUACAGGACAGUUUCUGUAAUCCAAACUCUAGACCAGAAUCAGUUAGACCAUGUGAACUCCCUGAAUGUGCAUCUUGGCAAGUGGGACCAUGGGGAUCAUGUGCUGUGACAUGUGGACAUGGAUACCAGAUGCGUGCAGUCAAGUGUGUUACUGGCAAUUACAGAGUUAUUUCAGAGGAUGAUAGGGAGUGCAGUGCUGCUACCCGUCCUAGAGAUAGCCAAGACUGUGAAAUGUCCCCUUGUCCAGAAACUGCAAAAUUAUGGACAACAUCACUUCCUGUCAUUCAAAUAGGCAAGGUGACUCAAUGGAGAUAUGGAUCAUGGACCCCAUGCUCUGCAUCAUGUGGAAAGGGUAGUCAGGCUCGCUAUGUAAGUUGUAGAGAUGCUCAUGGCGGAGUUGCUGAUGAAUCAUUUUGUGCACACUUACCGAGACCAGCUGAUAUUUCAAGCUGUUUUAGUCCAUGUGGAGACUGGCAAGUUGGAAAUUGGUCACCUUGUUCAGUUACGUGUGAUAGUGGAAUAGUAACAAGACAAGUUGUCUGCGUCCAUUACCAUCAACAAAUCAACGAGAAUUACUGUGAUCCUGAAGGCCGGCCUGCUCAUGAACAAGAGUGUAACAUGCCACCGUGCCUGCCAGUUUAUCGUCAGAUUCCUAAAACGAAUUACCAUCCAAGACAUUUUCCAGAACUUGAUUACCCUCCACUCCACAAGGGCCAUCAUCCACAAAAGAAUAUAAAUCAAUGGAGUCAUCCUUCUGUCAGUGGAUACCAGUGGAGAACAGGACCAUGGGGAACAUGCUCUAGUACUUGUGCACGUGGAUUCCACCAUCGGGUUGUAGUAUGUCAAGAUGAGGACGGACGAAGUGCUAGGUACUGUGAUGAGGCAACAAAACCACCAGAAUCGAGGCACUGUGAUUCUGGACCCUGCCCACUAUGGAACUAUGGGAACUGGGGAGAAUGUACUCAAACAUGUGGAGAUGGAAUAAAGACAAGACUAGUGAUUUGUCAACUUCCUAAUGGCCAAAUGUUGAGUGAUCAAAACUGUGAACUUCUAGACAAGCCACCACAUAUAGCACAAUGUAAUGUGCAUUCUUGUCCUGGUGAUGUUUCAUGGCAUCGGGGACCAUGGAAAUCGUGUUCUGUUUCCUGUGGAAAAGGUUUGAAGUACCGUGAUGUACAUUGUGUUAACAGCUUCCAAGUUAAAUUAGAGGAAGAAAACUGUAGACAUUUGAGGAAACCACGAACCCACAAAGUUUGUAGAACUGGUAGAUGUCCUGCAUGGAAGGCCAACAGGUGGAUGGAGUGCUCUGUGACCUGCGGGGAGGGAAUUCAACAAAGGGAGGUCUACUGUAGGCUGAAGGGCAGGGGUCAAGUGAAUGAAGCAAUGUGUAGCCAGGAUACACAGCCUCAUAGCAAGAGACACUGUUGGCUGCCAUCCUGCAUGCAGUACCAAUGGCUGGCAGAUAAAUGGCAAGAUUGCUCAACAUCAUGUAGAAAAAAAGAAACGCGUCGGAAGGUCAAGUGUGUGGAUGAAAACAAAAUUGAAGUGAAUGAAAGUUUCUGUGAUCCUAUCACAAAGCCUCCAUCAGCCAAGAAAUGUUUGCUUUCUCCCUGUAAUUAUAUUGUGAUUACCGGAGAGUUAUCACAGUGUUCGCCCAGCUGUGCACUUGAUUACCAGCAGAGGAUCACAUAUUGUGUUGGAAUCCAUGCUAUUCGGAAUAAUCGUGCCUUUGGUCUUCGACCUGUAGCAUAUCGAGAAUGCCCAGUAGUACCUUCCCAUCACAUUUAUAAAUGUGAUGUCAGGGGAUGUUCACACACAGCUACUUGGAAGGUGGGGAAAUGGAGCAAGUGCUCAGUGUUUUGUGGAGCGGGGAUAAAAGAAAGAAGAGUAGAAUGCAUGACUGAAAAUGGAUUAUCCAGUGACUUGUGUCUUUCACGUUUAAAACCAGCAUCCAGGAAGAUCUGUCAUGCAAAAGAAUGUGAAACUCUUGUCAGCUGCAAAGAUGUCCAAAUUAAGAAAAGAAUUAAAAAAGACGGUGAAUAUUUACUUAACAUAAAAGGAAGAAUGAUAAAGAUAUAUUGUUGGGGCAUGCAGUCAGAGAAUCCCAAAGAAUAUGUAACACUGGUUAAAGGUGAAGCAGACAACUUUUCUGAAGUAUAUGCAUACAGGUUACAAAAUCCAUAUGAGUGCCCUUUCAAUGGCAGCAGAAGGCAGGAUUGUGAGUGCAGAAAUGACUACCUUGCAGCUGGCUACACUGUUUUUCGCAAAAUAAGAGUUGACAUAAUCUCUUUGCAAAUUAAAACAACAGACCUUCUCUUUGCUCAGACUAUAUAUGGAAGAGCUGUUCCUUUUGCGACAGGUGGAGAUUGCUAUAGUGCUGCCAGAUGCCCACAGGGACAGUUCAGCAUUAAUUUGGCAGGUACUGGACUGAAACUAUCCAAUACAGCUAGAUGGAUUGCUCAGGGCAAUUAUGCAACUGUUGAUAUACACAGAUCCCAAGAUGGUACUAAAAUAUAUGGAAGAUGUGGAGGAUUCUGUGGAAAAUGUGUCCCUAAUGCAAGCAUUGGUCUCCAUCUUCAAAUACAGUAAAAACUGUGAUAUGGUCAAUGCAUCGAAAACAGGAAACUGUCUUUAAGGUGCAAAUUGUAGGUGCUAUAAUAUUUUCAGUUUUUCAUCUCUGUAAUGUUUAAUUAAUUCUAAGAAUUCUGUCAUGUUUUCAUCAGUGUUAAUAUCAGGGAUGCAUAUUAUUGUUUUAUCAUAUGUUUGUGAGCUAACAAGUACAUAAAUCACAAUCAUAAACCCCCAGGUUUUAACAAAGAGGAAUGAACUUAAUGUACAGUAUAUACAAACAAACAACUGAGGUUACUACUAUGGGUAACACCUUAAGCUGGACCGUAAUUGUAGUGCUGUACCUGCAACUAAUCAGUGCAAAUUUUUAUGAAGUGUUAAAUAAAAUACAUAUGCUGUACUGGUUGUGUCAAUCAACUAUAUUAAAAUGUAGAAAGGAAAACUUAUUGACAGAUUGGGACACAAACUAAUAAUUUCAACUACUUUCAGCUUUCAUGAAACCAGCUGGGCAUUAUGAUCUGCCAAAAAUUGACAUCAAAAGUGUACAAAAGCAAUAUACUUUCUUCUGAUACAGUUUGUAUAGAAUUUUAUGUUCUUAUGUCAUUGCAAACUUUUUAUUCUCUUCUUUAUUUUUGUGGUGCUAAAACAGUAGUAGUAGUUCUGGAAAGAGUUCUGUAGUCUCCAUAGAAAAUGUUUAACAUCAAGACACAGUUUUGUUGUGGGUACAAGAAAAUAAGGAAACACAUUUUUGGACAUCUUAUUUUAAAACCCUACCUCUCAGCCAAGUAUACUGUAAAAACAGUAUAUUGCUUGUCUUGUAUGAUUUUUGUAUGCAAUUUUAUAAAUACAUAUAUUUUCUUAAACUUUGUCCAUAUACUUAAGACGUUUUACUUAUAACUGGCCAAUGGUAUAUAAAUGAAAGCCAUAACUUGCUUUCCUUUCACACCCGGAAUUCCCAUUGACUUGAGUUUAUCAAUUUCAGAUAUCAUCUAGUUGUUUGAUUUGUUUUGUUUUUUUGGGUUUUUUUGUUUAGAAGAACUCCAAGUCUAGAAGCAGGGAAAAUAUGUGUAGUAUAAAGUUAUCCUGGUUCAGGGCAAAUUCUCAGGUAAUCAAAGUAAGAUUUUCUUUGGGCAUAACACAACACAAUGGGUGUGUCUACAUGUGUGCUUUAAUGUGCAUUAGCCUAUUUUAAUGCGCAUUAAAGCAUCACAAAGACCUGCUCUUUAGCUAAUGCCCAUUAAAAUAGGCUUAUGCGCAUUUUUCUAGUACCUCUCAAUGGAGACACUAGAUAUAAUGUGCAUUACCUAAAGCAAAUUAAUGAACCCGUAUAUACACCCACUAUGUACUAGAUAAUUGUAAGUAUUUUUCUUGGUAAUAUCUACUCUGUAAACCAAAUAUCAACUUACAUUUAUGUGUCAGUACCAUUGGUAGUCAUAUGGCAGCUAUAUCUUAAUUUACCAAGAAAAUGUAUCCAUGAAUCAGUAAUACAGAUAAAUUUAAAACUAUAUUGUAUCACAGAAAUUUAAGCAUUUACUUUUAGAUAACACAUAUAGGUAAUUAUUUUGUGAUCUCUGUAUCAGAAAAGUAUUUUUGCACUAUGUGCCUCAUAUUAGUUGUAAACAUUAAUAAGAAAUAUAUAACACUAUUUUCCUAGAAAUGUUUACAUUUAUUAAAAUCUUAUAAUUUAUCAAAUAUUUAUAUAAUAAAUAUGCUUGUGUGAUUGA